AAUAAUAAUAAUAAUAAUAAUAAUAAUAAUAAUAAUAAUAAUAAUAACAAUAAUAAUAAUAACAAUAAUAAUAAUAACAAUAAUAAUGGAUAUGAUGAUACUCCUACUACUACGACGAGUAACGUUAACAAUAACGAAAAUAAUUAUAAUGUUAGUGAUAAUAACAAUAAUAAUGGAUAUGAUGAUACUCCUACUACUACGACGAGUAACGUUAACAAUAACGAAAAUAAUUAUAAUGUUAGUGAUAAUAACAAUAAUAAUAAUAAUGAUAAUAAUAAUAAUAAUGAUAAUAAUAAUAAUAAUAAUAAUAAUGAUAAUAAUAAUAAUAACAAUAAUAAUGGAUAUGAUGAUACUCCUACUACUACGACGAGUAACGUUAACAAUAACGAAAAUAAUUAUAAUGUUAGUGAUAAUAACAAUAAUAAUAAUAAUGAUAAUAAUAAUAAUAAUAAUAAUGAUAAUAAUAAUAAUAAUAAUAAUGAUAAUAAUAAUAAUAAUAAUAAUAACAACAAUAAU